UAAUUCUUUCACCUUCACCUCCUCCGAGUCUGGCGUUGUUUUGCUAAAAUCUCGUAAAAGAAAAAAAAGUGAAAAAUUGCCGCAAAUGAAGUGAAAUUGGUUGCAUUCCGACAUUCUUGAUGUAAACAAGCUAUGAACUUCUUCAUACCGCACGACCAGGUGAAGCGGGAGGGAAUCUACCUCCAGCAACAUCUUACAUCGCAGUUACUUCCCCCCGGAUUUCAGCAAACUCAUUCACAGCUUCAACAACAGCCGCCGCAGCUCCAGCAUCAGCAACAACAGCAGCUUGUUCAAAGUCCCUUCCACUCUCAGGGUUUGAUAGUUAAUCUUAAGAAAGAGUUCGAUCCCUACGAGAAAAAUACUCCCCCACUAGGGGCCAAUGUCGUCGUUCAGCACAUUACCCAACAGCUCAAUGUUCCUCCACUGCUGUCCUCGGCGGGUGCACCUCUACAGCAACAGCAGCAGGAACCGGCAUCCAAUACGGGUAAAAAGAAAAAGAAGGCAAAAGCUGCGAAAACGAUUGUCCUGCCACCGCUACCGGAAGGAUUCAUCGUUAAGAUAAAGGAAGAAUACAACGAGAAUUACGUGCGGACUGUUACGAAAAUCCCGGAGGACCAAUUCAUAAGGACGAUUAAACCACCGGGAAAAAAGGAACGCAAGUACCAUGAUUACAACGUGAUCAGCGAGUAUCGAUGCGAUAUGUGUGGCAAGUACUUCAAGGACAAGUACAAGCUCAACUAUCACGUCCGGAUCCAUAGCCCGGAACUAUCGCACAGGUUUACUUUCAGGUGCGAUGUUUGCAGCAAGGUGUUUGCCCAUCAGUCCACACUGACCAACCAUAAGCGCAUUCAUUCAGGAGAACGUGCAUUUAAGUGUGCAACCUGCGGGAAAGCAUUUGUACAGAGUUCGGCCCUGUCCAAUCACACAAAGAUCCACACCGGAGAGCGACCGCACGAGUGUUUGAUCUGCGGUAUCAGUUUCAUCCAGAAGAUUAAUCUGAUCUAUCAUAUUCGAAUCCACAGCAACGAGCGGCCGUAUCGCUGCAACAUCUGCAACAAGUCAUUCAUCCAGCAGAGCCAUAUCAAGAACCACAUGAAGGUUCACAAGAAGGACAAUCCGUUGGACUGUAGCAUUUGUGGGAAAAGUUACACGGAUCUCAACGAGUUGACCGAGCAUUAUUCCUCGCACACGGUCGAGUUGCCAUUUCGCUGCCAAACCUGUGGCAAGUGCUUCGCACAGGCGAACCAUCUGAAGAUUCACAAGAAAAACUUUUGCAAUAAAAAUUAGAACAAGUCAAAAGUUGCCAGUAUUGCGGGGCCGAACGGGUCUAGGGAUCGGUUCUGGUUGCAAUUUAUCGUCGUUACUUUACACACUGAUGUUAAGUUGAGAAGAAGUGAAAACUAUUUUAUGUAGCAUGAUUUAUAUUACAUUUAAACUACUUAUUAUUAUUGCUAUUACUAUGUGCUCGGCAUAUAAGGAACGUUUUAAUUAUUUUUGUGAUAGUGGAACUAAAACAUGUUUUCAUUACCUGAGUAAGGCAGGUAAGUAGAGAGAGAGAGCGAGCGAGAGCUAAUCAAACUUAAUAUAGUUUCCAUAGCCAAUCUGGAUUCAAUAAAAAAAAGCAAACACAAA